AUGACGACCCGAUACCGCGUAGAGUAUGCCCUCAAGACGCACAGGCGGGACCAAUUCAUCGAAUGGGUCAAAGGCCUACUAGCUGUCCCCUUUGUGCUCUACUCCGAACCUACGGGUGUUUUUGGUGAUGGGACCGACGUCGACCAGUCAGCCGCAGAGGCGCACCGUCGCUAUGCUGAGAUCUUCCGAGAUGUAGAGCUCAUGAUUGACGACCAUAUGUCGCGGCAGCUUGACGCUUCCUUCCCAUCCAAACUUCGCAUGCUGGUACCGACAGCAGGGCCCUUCUUCACAAGACUACCACUCGAAGGGGCCUUCAAAUACCAAGACCGCAAACGCUACAUAUCUUCCCGCCGAUAUGUUGCCCCCUCGUUCAACGAUGUGAGAUUGGUGUUGAACUCAGCCCAAAUCAUGGCUGUGACCGGCGGCGCGCUUCAAUUGGCGACAUUCGAUGGUGAUGUCACGCUCUACGACGAUGGAGAGAGCUUGGAGCCUGAUCUCAUGAAGAAGAAUAUCAAAAUAGGCAUUGUGACAGCAGCUGGGUACACAACCGCCGAUCGAUACUAUGGGCGCCUUCACGGGCUAUUGGACGCCAUUGCGGAGUCAACUGAGCUUGAUCCCGUGCAGAAGCAAAACAUUGUCAUCAUGGGCGGCGAAGACAAUUAUCUAUUCGAGUAUUCACAAUCCUCGCCUCACCGAUUGGCGCCCGUCCCCCGGGAACAAUGGCUCACACCGGAGAUGGCUGCCUGGGGCGACGCUGACAUUGCCGCGCUACUUGACGUGGCCGAAGGCGCGCUUCGCGACUGCGUUCGGACGAUGAACCUGCCUGCCACCAUUGUACGCAAGGACAGGGCUGUUGGGAUCAUCGCCGUGGACCCAUCCAUCCGAAUCGCCCGCGAGUCCCUCGAGGAGACCGUUCUCGUCGUGCAACGCAUUCUGGAAGCCAGCACUCUCGGGUUUCCCAUGACCAACAGUGCCGGCAUGAACGCCCGAAAAGGGUCGGUUUCACGUGCCCGCAUCCCUUUCUGCGCCUUCAACGGCGGGCGCGACGUCUUUGUGGAUAUCGGCGACAAGUCAUGGGGCGUCACGGUGUGCCAGCAGUGGUUCGGGGCGGGCCCGGGGCGCAGCAUCAAGGGGGAGAACACAUUGCACGUGGGCGAUCAGUUCCUGAGUGCCGGUGCCAAUGACUUCAAGGCGAGGAGCGUGGGAACCACGGCGUGGAUUGCGAGUCCCGCCGAGACGGUGGAGUUGUUGGACGAGUUGGCUGAGUUGAUGGAUAAGAAGCUACCUUGA